GCCCCGCCCGCGGGCAGCCAUCUUGGUAAAGGCCAGUAGGGGGCGGCGCGGGGUGUUUCCUGGCUGCAGCCUGGGGCCACGCGGGCGGGGACCCGGGCCAACACCAAAGAUGGCGGGGCGGCGCGCGCUGAGGCGCUGCGUGCAGCUGUUAGCGCCCUCGGCGGAGCAGGGGCUGCGGGGCCGAGGGCGGAGGAACGCGGGCGCAGGGCGCCCCGGCACCUCCCGCGGCUCCGGGGCCGGGUGGCCCGCCGCGUUGGGGGCCUCAGCUGAGGAGACGCGACGCCGCGCGCGCCCGACCGCCCUCAGCCCAAGCUCAUCAAAGGACAUGGAUGAAAAUGAAAACAGCCAGUCUCCAAUGACAAGCUAUCAAUAUCCUAAAGAAACAGUAAGGAAGCGCCAAAAUUCAGUACAGAAUUCAGGAGGAAAUAUGUCUUCCAGGUUUUCCAGGAAGAGCUUCAAACUGGAUUAUAGACUAGAGGAAGAUGUAACUAAAUCGAAGAAAGGAAAAGAUGGGAGAUUUGUUAACCCAUGGCCAACAUGGAAAAACAUCUCUAUCCCAAAUGUUCUUAGAUGGCUGAUAAUGGAGAAAAAUCACAGCAGUGUUCCAGGUUCCAAAGAGGAACUUGACAAAGAACUCCCAGUGCUUAAGCCAUAUUUUGUCAGUGACCCUGAAGAAGCUGGAGUGAGAGAGGCUGGCUUAAGAGUCACAUGGCUGGGACACGCAACGCUGAUGGUGGAAAUGGACGAGCUCAUACUCCUUACAGACCCCAUGUUCAGCUCCCGCGCUUCUCCCUCACAGUACAUGGGUCCAAAGCGAUUUCGCCGUCCCCCGUGUACAAUAAGUGAACUUCCCCGAAUUGACGCUGUCCUUAUUAGUCACAACCACUAUGACCACCUGGACUAUGGCUCUGUCCUCGCUUUGAAUGAGCGAUUUGGCAGUGAGUUGAGAUGGUUUGUGCCUUUGGGUCUUCUCGACUGGAUGCAGAAAUGCGGCUGUGAGAACGUGAUUGAGCUGGACUGGUGGGAGGAGAAUUGCGUCCCUGGCCAUGAUAAGGUCACCUUUGUCUUCACGCCUUCCCAACACUGGUGUAAAAGGACCCUCAUGGAUGACAACAAGGUUCUGUGGGGCAGCUGGUCUGUGUUGGGGCCUUGGAAUCGAUUCUUCUUCACUGGGGAUACUGGUUACUGCCCUGCUUUUGAGGAGAUAGGAAAGAGGUUUGGUCCCUUUGACCUUGCAGCUAUUCCCAUUGGAGCUUAUGAACCAAGGUGGUUUAUGAAAUACCAGCAUGUUGACCCAGAAGAUGCUGUAAGAAUUCACAUUGAUGUUCAAACGAAGAGAUCUGUGGCAAUUCACUGGGGAACUUUUGCCUUAACUAAUGAGCAUUACUUAGAGCCUCCAGUGAAACUGAAUGAAGCUCUAGAGAGAUACGGACUUAAAAGCGAAGAUUUCUUUGUCCUAAAGCAUGGAGAAUCAAGAUACUUGAAUACUGAUGAUAAAGCUUUUGAAGAAAGAUGAAAAUGGAAAUUUUCAGUGAAAACAAAAGAUUAAGAAAUUCACAAAUAUUAUGACAUUUUUCACGUGGAAACAACUUCUGCAAGUGUGGGUUUUGUUUUGCAUUGUAACUUGCCAAUCAAUAAGACUCAUUUACAUAAACUGAGAGUCCAGGGAGGGUUAUUUAAGGAACUGUCCAAUGUAGACUUAAAAAAAAUACCAAUGACACAAACAUUAUAUAUAUAUGUCAUAUAUAUAAUCAAAACACUACAUUUUAGUGGUGGUAGAAUUUCUGAGGUUGUAAAAAGCUGACAUUAAAGUUUCAUUUCUUUUUCUGUUAUUCAGGGCUUUCUACAAAGCCCUACUUAGAGUUUUCAGACACACACACCUUUCUUAUAUUAUAAUGAUGAACGUGACUUCCACAUGCUGAGUAAAUGCUUCAGGUUUUACUGUCAGGAUGAACUGCCGGUCAUGGUGAUGCAUAUCUACAAUCCCAGCACUCCACAGGAUGAGGCAGAUAGAUGACAAGUUCAUGGUCAACCAGAGCUACAACUAAGACCCUGUCUCAGGAGGAAACAUUAGCUUACAUGCCAAAUGUUAAGUGAUUUAUUUUGUUAAGCAUAAGAACGUAGGUGUUUGGGCUAAAUUAUCAUUUAAAAUUUUUUUAUUGUGGCCAAAUAUACAUUGCAUAAAAUUAUAAUUUUAACUAUAGUGAAAAGAAGCUCCUUGGCAUUAACAAUUCACAUUCUUCUGCAUCCAUGCACAUCUUAAGUUUCUAAGAGGGCAAUAUCUACACAGCUGCACCCCAAGUUAAAAGCUGACGGUCAGAGAAGAGAACAGUGUGGGGUUGAGACGUAGGGGAAGUUUAAAUUCCAAAGUCAGACAUUCUGCUAAGCACAACUGUAAUUACAGUGAAGUAUUUCACACACCAAAAUGUGAAUACAUCAUGCACUUGGAAUUGUUUUAUUUUUUUCAUUCUCCAUUUUCUGUAUAUAUACAUAUACAUGUAUAUGUGUGUGUGUGUGUAUAUAUAGAUAUACUUUUUCCUGUUCUCUAGGCUCUAACCCCAAAUAUAACAAUGUUUUACAUGACUUGGAUGUGUUACAUAUUUUUAUAUUAAAUGACCUAUAAGCACAAUUGUACUUUUUAGUAAGCCAUUGUGAAAUUACAGUUGUUUUUAAAGCUUCUGAGUGUCUGCUGACCAGAGUCUUUGGCCAGUAUGCCUCUGCAUCCGCAGGUUUGUUGUGAACCUUCAGGAAGUGAGCUGCCCAGGUGUUAGUGAGGGUGCUUCUGACUCUGACCAAUGAAAUCCACUUCCUUGGCACAAAACACAGUAGGCUUUCUCUAGAUAUCAAGUAUGUAGGGAGUACUCAAUACUCUGAUGUAUUUGCAUGGGCGUACGCAUGCCACACCUUGGUCUCUCAUCGGAAUUUCACCCUUCUGUCACUGAUUUGAUUACCCCAAAACAAAUGGCUUGUGUUCAGCCCCGAUCUCAUUAUGUACGACAAGAGGACAAUGUCAACCUACCUCGAGGGGAAAGUAAUAUUUUUUUUUAAAACAGCACUUUAGAAAUCUAAGGGAGAAAACAUUUUAAGAUAUGACUGUCUGAUACUGACAGGUACAUGGAAAGCAAGCAAUGCUUUUGAUAAUACAUUUUUUUUGUUGCAAACACCAAACUGGACUUACCUUAGAGGGAAAUAGCCAAUAUAAACGAUCAUCAGAAUUUAAUAUUUUUAUAUAAAAUAUUCGUAUCAGUCAAGGGGAAAUGUGUAUUGUAAUAUUGUGUGUAUAGUGAAAGUGACUUGGAGUCCAAAGCCCAAGAUACCAUUAGACUCAGCUUCAGUAAUCUCCGCUGCAAAUGGCUGUGAAUCCGGACAGUAGGCUGUGGAUACAGCCUCGGGGGACAGUGCUCCACCGGGCACCCUUGCAGCCAUCUUGUCAUACUCAAAAUUCUCUCCAGCCGUUGAUAAACUUGCUCAAGUAUUUCUCCAUGAAUGGCCUUAACAUUGCUUUUGUCUCCACAGGCACUGUUUGAGGCUCUCCAGGUGCUUUGCUUUCUAGUCCCCUGAACUGGGCCCACCUCCUUGUUCUAUGCUUCCUCAUGAUUUCUUUCUCUGUAUAAGGCCCAUUCAUUAUGAAGUACAUCACAUCUCUUUAACACAACCACCCUAUUUUCACUUUAUUUUUCUAAUCUACAUUUCAAAGGAUGUAUGUGUAAAGUGAAAAUAAAUUUUGAAAAAUCUA